GUAUCUGUCAGACCCGCGUGAGCGCCUCAACAAUGACACUCGCAGUAUUGUAACAUUGAAACAUUCGUGUACGCGGUGCGCGCAGAUACAACGCAGCCAACAGAUGCCGCCGAGCCGACACACAAACACCGACGACAAUUAAACCUGCGAUGGCUUUUGUUCUAAUGUGUGCUGGAGAGCCUAUAUCGGUAGAUACUAGAACCGACAGCUAAUACGGCCAGGCACAGGCGGCUGCGUGCGUUUCACGGGGGCUCAUGGCGGAGUUUGUCGCCGAGAACUGCGGGGUCUCAUCGGCGGGCGGCGGCAGAAAGUCUCCCCAGCCAUGCGAAGAGGCGGCCGGCAGAGCCGCAGGCGAGGUGUCGGUCUCCAACGGGGACUGUGGACUGUGUGCGCCCGAGAACCAGGGGCUCGACACGGCAGUGGUGCUGGAUGGCAAAACUGGAAUACCGCGGAAGACCAGUAUUAUUAAGGAUGGCUCCAGGCGGUGUAAGGAAAGGAAAAAGACGGUGUCGUUCAGUAGCAUGCCAACAGAGAAGAAGAUCAGCAGCGCAAGCGACUGCAUUAAUUCUAUGGUUGACGGGUCUGAAUUGAGGAAAGUUCGCUCCAACUCCAGAGUUUACCAUCGUUACUUCCUUCUAGAUGCUGACAUGCAGUCACUGCGGUGGGAGCCAUCGAAAAAAGAGUCCGACAAGGCUAAAAUUGAUGUCAAAUCAAUUAAAGAGGUGCGAACUGGUAAAAACACGGAUACCUUCAGGACCAACGGAAUUUCAGACCAGAUUUCUGAGGACUGUGCAUUCUCCAUCAUCUAUGGGGAGAACUAUGAAUCGCUUGAUUUAGUGGCAAAUUCAGCCGAUGUAGCAAAUAUAUGGGUGACGGGACUCAGGUAUUUAAUAUCGUAUGGUAAACACACUCUUAACAUGAUUCAGAGCAGUCAGGAUAACAUGCGUGCAUCCUGGUUGGGCGACCUCUUCGAUGAAGCGGAUGCGAUUGGCAGGAAAACCAUUAGUCUUUGCACAGCCGUACAGCUGAUCAAGAAAUUAAGUCCUGGAGUAAAAAAUGUCAAGAUAGAGCUUAAGUUCAAAGAGUUGCACAAAUCGAAAGAUAAAUCCAGCUCAGAUGUGACCAAGGAGGAGUUCAUUGAGGUCUUUCACGACCUCUGUACGAGACCAGAGAUUUAUUUUUUGUUGGUGCAGUUCUCAAGCAACAAGGAGUUUCUUGACACCAAGGACUUGAUGAUAUUUUUGGAGGCCGAGCAAGGCAUGGCUAAAGUGAGCGAAGACAUCAGUGUGGAAGUUAUUCAGAAGUACGAACCCUCGAAGGAAGGGCAACUCAAGGGAUGGCUCUCCCUGGAUGGAUUUACCAAUUACCUCAUGUCAGCAGACUGCCACAUCUUUGAUCCCGAACAAAAAACUGUAUGCCAAGACAUGAACCAACCCCUUUCUCACUAUUACAUAAACUCUUCCCACAAUACCUACCUGAUUGAGGAUCAGUUCAGGGGUCCGUCAGACAUUACGGGCUACAUCCGUGCCCUAAAGAUGGGCUGCAGGAGUGUAGAACUUGAUGUGUGGGAUGGACCAGAUAACGAACCAGUCAUUUAUACAGGCCAUACAAUGACCUCGCAGAUUGUUUUCCGCAAUGUUAUUGACAUUAUCAACAAGUACGCAUUUGUGGCCUCAGAAUUCCCUCUGUUUAUUUGUUUGGAAAAUCACUGUUCUUUGAAGCAACAGAAGGUAAUAUUUCAGCACCUGAAGAAGAUACUAGGAGAUAAAGUCCAUACAGAUCCACCCAACCUGGAGGACAACUAUCUUCCAUCUCCUUUAGAUUUAAAGGGAAAGAUUCUCCUGAAAGGAAAGAAACUACCGAGCAACUGCACUGAACCUGAAGGCGAGGUGACUGAUGAGGACGAAGGUGCGGAAAUGUCUCAACGGAUGAACAAUGAGGCUAGUGAACAGCAGGUAGUUGUUCAACCUAAAAAGUUCCAGCUGUCCAAGGAUCUGUCAGACUUGGUAACAUUAUGCAAGUCUGUUCAAUUUAAAGAUUUUCAGGUGGCUUUUCAGAACCAGAAGCACUGGGAGCUUUGCUCCUUCAAUGAGGUAUUUGCCAGUCGGUGUGCCACUGACCACCCUGGUGACUUUGUUAAUUACAACAAGAAGUUUUUAGCAAGGGUUUACCCAAGUCCAAUGCGAAUUGAUUCCAGCAACAUGAACCCGCAGGACUUUUGGAAAUGUGGCUGUCAGAUUGUAGCAAUGAACUAUCAAACGCCAGGUCUCAUGAUGGACCUCAACAUUGGCUGGUUUAGACAAAACGGGAAUUGUGGCUAUGUACUCCGUCCGGCUAUCAUGAGGGAGCAGGUGUCUUAUUUCAGUGCCAAUACUAAAGACUCAGUUCCAGGAGUUUCUCCGCAGCUCCUUCACAUAAAGAUCAUCAGCGGACUAAAUUUCCCCAAACCCAAGGGCUCUGGUGCCAAAGGUGAUGUUGUAGAUCCCUAUGUUUACGUUGAAAUUCAUGGCAUCCCUGCAGAUUGUGCAGAGCAAAGGACUAAAACAGUUCGCCAGAAUGGUGACAACCCCAUCUUUGAUGAGAGUUUCGAGUUUCAGAUUAACCUUCCGGAGCUGGCAAUGGUGCGCUUUGUUGUUCUGGAUGACGACUACAUUGGAGAUGAGUUUAUCGGUCAGUACACCAUUCCGUUCGAAUGCAUUCAGCCAGGUUUCCGCCACAUUCCCCUCCAGUCACUGACGGGUGAAGUCCUUCCACACGCCUGGGUCUUCGUCCAUGUUGCCAUUACUAACCGGCGUGGUGGCGGCAAGCCUCACAAAAGGGGGCUUUCUGUUCGCAAGGGUAAACGAGGUCGGGAAUACGCCAGUAUGAGGAUACUUCUCAUCAAGGCUGUGGAUGAAGUCUUUAAAUCUGCUGCACAGCCACUUCGGGAAGCCACAGAUCUCAGAGAGAACAUGCAGAAUGCCAUCGUGCCGUUCAAGGAGCUGUGUGGCCUGUCAGCGGUAGCUAACCUGAAGCAGUGUAUUCUGGCUCUGUCCCCACGCCUCAUUGGCCCAGACGGCAGCCCGUUUCUGCUGUUCAACCUCAGAGAGCAGUACCCCAGCGUGGAGGCUCAGAGUCUGCUGCCGGAGGUGCUGAAGAGAGCAGUCACUGCGUACGACACAAUGAUCCAGACCAGCCAGGCGCUGCUAGACAACUCAGACGGCGUCUACGACAGAAUACUGCAAGUGCAGAAAGCAGCGAUGGAGUUCCACGAGAAUCUACACGAUAUGGCAGUGAAGGAGGGACUGAAGGGAAGAAAACUGCACAAAUCUGUGGAGAGCUUCACCUGGAACAUCACUAUUCUGAAGGGCCAGGCAGAUCUGCUGAAACACGCUCGAGCAGAAGUUCUGGAAAACCUGAAACAGAUCCACUACGCUGCUCUUACCUGUAAUCUGGCCAAGGGCGGAGCGGGACCUUCGUCAGGCUCCGAAUCCAGGGGACGCCGCAGUCUGGAGGCCAUCCCGGAAAAAGCAGUCGGAGAGGAAUACAUCACAGAUGAGGAGAACUGAAAAAACCCCAGAAUUCCUGUCCCGAAAAAUGAGUCCCGAUCCCUCGUGUCCGGACUCCACUCCAGGCCUUCCUACAAGCACAAACCCGGAGUAUUAAAGAGGAAAUCCACACUGGAGCCAUGAAUGUAAGGAUUCGAAUGUGUCAGAGGAAACCAGAGAGCUGUUUACAAUAAAGAACUACUUUGCGUUCUGUCUGCCAAAAUUGUGUGCGAGUGUGUGUGUGUGUGAGUGUAUGUACAGUAUAAAUAUAAAUAUAUAUAUAUAUGGAGAUCUGUUACCUUUUUUGCUAUGUGAACUUUUAAUGGAUCAGAUUAUUUUGUUAAGAGAAUUGGAUGUUUUAAAAGAGCUCUUAUUUUAUUUGCUUGUACAGAUCUUAAACUAAAAAAAGGAUCGGCCCUUUUUUAAAUUAUUUGUGUAAACGUGUGGAGGAUCUGAGAUGUUGUUUAAGAGAGCGAUGGAGAGAGGUUAGUUUUAGAUAUUACCAGCAGUUACAUGUGACCAUACUGUACAUGUGAACCAGUGAGAGUCUAGGCUGAAUGUUUGUGUCUCUUUGGUCACGUACACACUGCAAAGAUUAAAUAUUGAUAUUUUAGUCAUUUCAUACAAUGAUUAAAAUGCGAUUCUCACCUUCAUUGACCCAAAUUGUUAUAUAAAAAUGCCCACCAUUUGUUUUUUCCAAAUAAAAUAUUUUAGAGCUUA